GUACACACCAGAGCCGUAGACAAUGCACUACAAAAUCAGGAGUAGAAGUCGCGAUACUUCCAAACUUAAGUGAUUUAAGCAAUUUAAAGUAGAUUGAUGGCUAGAUCAACUACCGAUAGUAGUAGCAGUGGGAGUAGCAGCAGCUCUUCUUCUUCUAGUUCAUCAAGUAGCAGUAGCUCAUCAGGAAGUUCUUCCAGCAGUGGAUGCCAUUUCAAUUAUGAGAUCGGAGACAAAAUAGACAAAUAUGUGAUAACGAAAUAUUUAUGUUCGGGCACAUUCGGAAUGGUCUUGGAAGUGACUGACCAACAGGAAAUACCAUAUGCUGUGAAAAUCUUGAGCGAAACGGAUCAUACAGAAGUGGAUGUCUUAAGAAAAAUCUAGUUACUUGACCCCUUCGGUGAGGCGGGUAUCGUCAAAUUCUAUGAUUACUUCACUUGGUAGGACUAUCAUUGUAUUUUACUUGAAAGGCUUGACAUCAAUCUCCAUGAUUACAUCCAAUCACAUACACUCAACAUUAAGGAAAUCCAAUCAAUCUUUAAAUAAGUUACUACCUCACUAAUGUUUAUGCAUUCCCUUGGAAUCACACACACCGAUCUUAAGCCUGAAAACAUAGUUUUCGCCAAUCAACAAAAAAAUUUAGUUAAACUAAUAGACAUGGGAGGUGCCACUCAAGCCAAUGAACAUCACAGUACCGUCAUCAAUACUAGGUAAUACAGAGCACCUGAAGUCAUCAUGCGAUGCGACACCUGGGACACCUCAAGUGACAUCUGGAGUCUAGCUUGCCUCAUAGUAGAAUUAUACACUGGAAGAGUUUUUAUUAAAGUAGGCAAUAACGAUUUAAUGCAUUUGGCUAUUAUACAAUCUAUCUUUGGACCCAUUCCCUCGUACAUGAAACAAAGUUCCAAAUUUAAAUCCAGAUUCAAUUCCUUACCUAAAGUCUAGUCUUAAAAAUAAUUGCAUCAAAUCAUUGAAGAUCAAGAUCUCCUUGAUCUACUUUAUUUGAUGUUUUCAAUAGAUCAUCAUCAUAGAAUAAAUUGCAAAUAAAUUCUAGAACAUAAAUUCUUUUCAAAACUAUUUUGAUAUUUUGAUUUAUUUAAUUUGUUUAAUUAACUUCACUUUAUUCUAAAAA